AUUUUUUUCCUCCUACAACUCCUCGUCAUAUAAAUACAUCCAGAGAGAAGUACCUGGCUCAAAAUGAAAGUCAAUCAGACGAUAUCGAUUUCAACAAGCAAAGCCUUGCUGGUGCCAUAUGAAGCCCACCAUGUGCUCACCUACCAUGAGUGGAUGAAAGACCCAGCAAUUCAAGAGGCCACUGCGUCAGAACCUAUGACAUUGGAAGAAGAAUAUGAAAACCAGGAAUCAUGGCGAACAUCUCAUGAUAAACUGACGUUUAUUGUAUGCGAGCCAUUAAGCGGGGCGGCAAGCAACGAAAACGAUGAAGCACGACAAAUCAAGGCUCAAGUCGACGAUUCACCCGACAAAAUGAAAGGAGACAUCAACUUUUUCCUCUAUCUAGCUGACGAGGACGAUGAUGGUGACGAGGUUGCCGAACCACGAGAGAGCAGCACGAUACGUUUGAUAGGCGAAGUAGACGUCAUGAUAGCAAAUACGCAGCACCGCGGGAAAGGCGUGGGAGAAGCCGCAGUGCGAUUAAUAUUGGCAUAUAUACGGAGAAACCUACCUGAAAUACUGAAGGAAUAUGCACAAGGCGAGAAGCUGGACGUGGAGAAGGUGCAGCUUGUGGGGUUGAUGGCCAAGAUCAAGCAGGAGAAUACGGGAAGCAGGGCGCUGUUUAAGAAGCUGGGGUUCAAGCAGGAGGGAGAGGCGAAUUACUUUGGGGAGGUGAAGAUGGUGAUGGGCUGGGAGACGAAUGGGAGCGAAGACAUGGCGGAGGGUUUGGAAUAUCGAGAGCUGGACUAUGUGAUGUGAGUAUAGAUAGAUAUUUAUUUAUUCGUUGUGUAUUAGAAGCCAUGGUGUUGAGGAUUGGUAGGUCAUAAGGAUAUAGGGGAAUUGUUUUCCACCUUUUCAUUCCCUCCUCUUUUUCUAAAGGCAAUAUACCUAUAGAAGCUCAAUUGAGAUAUAUUCUGC